UUGCUAUGGUUAGUCAAGUGUUAGAGCUAUUCAGUUUCUGCUUAGGCAUGCAUUUGUAAAGCAAGCUCUCUACCCUCUUGGAUCAUACUGCCAUGUCUAUCCCACACCCUAGGAACAAGGCACGCAGAGGAAGCUAUGAUGGAAUUUUGCUCAACAAAAAUCCAGUCAAUCACAAGUAUCUGACUCAAAGAAGAUGUUCAGCACCUUCCCUUGUGUUUCCAAAAUCUCUUAGCAAGCCAUGGUCCACAGGAAGGGAAAGCAAUGCCUGUUCUAUAUCCAUUGAGCAAUGCCCCUUUGUCCUGGGACUAUCCAAUAAAGAUUCAGAGCUGAUUUUGCAUGAAUGUGUACAGCUGACGCAGGAUUUGAAGACUAAGGAGAGACACCUUUUCCUCUUCAGUGACAUGAUCAUUAUCGCUAAGCUAAAGUCUGGCACCAGUUUCAGAUUAAAACACCGGGUGGAACUCUCCCAGAUGAUUGUAUUGUCAUGUGAUGAAGAGGAAGAUGAUGAAGAUACCUGCGCUCUCCACAUUUCUCCUAAGAACGCUCUCAUUUUUAUAUGGCCCUACAAUGGCAGUAUUAUAACUUAUCGUUCCUGUGAAGUGAAGGAACUCUGGCUGGAUACUCUUGUGUGGCAGAUAAGAGAAGUUGGUGGGCUGGAGGGCACGCACAUCCCUUGUGCACGAUUACUAAUGAAGGUUCUCACGGGCUGCAAUGCUUCCAAAGCUCUGCUUGUCAGCAACAUGGACAACUCAAUUGAAUGCCAUACAGAGGAAGAUGCCAAGAAAUGGCAGCUGUUGGCAGACAUGUUCAGUUAUGAGGGCUUCUAUCAUGUGAUUGAAAGCAAUAAAAAGAGAAAAGCGGUCUCCUGGCCCUUCACACUCCGACGAAGUUCUACCCUAUCUGAGUCUUCAAGUCAACCAGAGUUAAAAACAACUUUGUUUGACCAACCACUGUCCUUUGUUCUUCCUAAAGAAAUUCUUGACAUAUUAACCAUCCUGCGAGGGCAGGGACCAUUGACUGAGGGUAUUUUCCGUAAAGCUGCCAAUGAAAAAGCUCGCAAGGAGCUGAAGGAAGACCUGAACUGUGGAAGAAACAGGGACUUAAAAAGCGAAUCUAUACACUUACUGGCUGUGGUAUUUAAGGAUUUCUUACGAGGUAUCCCAAACCAGUUGCUUUCAUCAGAACUUUACAAUAAAUGGAUAUGUGCUUUGGAGAAGCCAAGCUUGGAUGAAAAAAUCGAGGCAAUGCGACGCAUUGCAGACAAACUGCCAAAGCCAAACCUUAUUGUAUUGCGGUAUUUGAUCUGUGUUCUCCAUCACAUAAGUAAGGCUUCAGACAUAAAUAAGAUGGAUUCCAGAAAUCUAUCUGUCUGCAUUGCCCCAAACAUGCUUAUACCACACGUUGACAAGAAUCUACCCCUGGAAAUGCAAAAAGAACUUAAUGACAAGGUUACACAGCUGGUUGAGUUCUUCAUAGAUAAUUGUUUUGAAUUGUUCGGUGACAACAUAUCACAGUUACUUAGUGCUUCGGAGCAAGAUUCACUGGAAAACAUUGAUACUGCAGAGAUGUCUUUUCCUCAGAAUGACUCUGCCUAUGACAGCACUGAUCCAGAUCAUGAGUUUCAUGCCAACACUUCAACAAGGUACCAGGACAAGCAGUGCAGGCACAACAGAGCUGUCGGUGAGGAAUGCACAGUGGACCAAGAUUGUGAUCUCUCAGUUUUGCCUGUAGCCCGAAUCAAACUUGAGACCCAUGGCAUUGACAGAAGGUGCUCAGAACCGUACAUUUUUCACUCGCAGAAUGAUACCGCAGUGGCAGAGCAGAAGCUAACCAGAAGCCAAGAUGAUGUUACAAUCAGGAAACAAAGACUACCAUUUACUGAUGAGGAAUUUCCCACCCAUACACUUCAAAAAUAUUGUGAUAGAGCUUUAUAUAAGAGGAAUAUGCCGAAAGGACUGACAAUUAAUACUAGCUAUGCGUCAGACAUAGCAGAUGACUUUUUAGCAAAUGCAUCUUCUACCUGUUCAGUCGAUAGUUCUUUUUCAGAUUGUUCUGUCUUUACGAGCUCUCCACUUGUAUCCCCUCUAAGUCCGAAGAAAAAUGAUUUAUCGAGACAUAAAUCGUUCUCUAUGAAGUGUAAAGACUUAAGUGACAUAGUCAAAGUUGGACGAGAGUUAAAAAAACAUUCAAAUUCCUUUUGCUAUGUAAACCACAAAAAAAUGGUAACCAAAACACAGAGCUGGGGUCCUGAUGGAGAUAAUGCUGGAUUGCAGCGAGAAGGAUUGAGCCGGAGUUUCCGCAAUAAGAGUCAAGCUGAGUGUAAUGGUGUGCGAGAGAGAGGUUUCCAACAACCCCAGGUAAUAAGAAUGAGGCCUCAAUCUGCUCGCAAAAUAUCUGUAGAUGAGGUGUUUAGAAUGGUGGACCAAAGAAAUCCUGGCAAACCUCCAUCAUAUGAAGAGGCCAUUCAUAAAAAUGUGUCCUCCUACAAGGGUAUGACUGUCCAAACCAUGAGAGACAAUGUGUCACAUGAUGACUACACUACAUCUUACUCAUCACCUGAUUCUACUCAUGCUGGCAAUAAGCCCAACUCUAAUGAUGAUGUGCAAAAGAACAAUGCCUAUGGAGUAACUCAGCUUUUUCACCAGCCUGAGAAAGCAAAGUCAGACCUUGUCAGGACCAAGUCAGAAUCCUGUCAAAGGAUCAAGCAUGAGAGUUUAAAUCGACGAUGCAGUCAGCCCAUCUUUGAGAUCUAUGAUCAGAUACAGUAUGCUAAAGAGUCAUAUGUUUAAGCAAUGAAUUGUAGCAUAGUGUAAAUACACUGUAGAGAUCUGUGAACUGUAAAAUAUGCACAUACUGUAAAAAAAUUAGAAGUUUUUUAUGUGGAAUAUAUCUGUGUUGUUUUUGUGUAAGAUGUGUGAUCUUUAUUAGCGCUGUAACUGGGGGUAUGCCAAUGAUGCCUUCGCACAAGGCCCUGUGAGAGGUACCACUCUGCCCCAUGGCAUCUGCAUGUGGCUUGCAGGGUGUCUGGAAUGGCACAAUGAAGCCAAUAGCGCUACUGCUGAGCAGCCUGGGGCAUCCAAGGGAUGCUCUGGACAGGCACUCUGCAGCCAGUAGCGCUACUGUUAGGCUGUUCGGAGCUUCCAAGGGACACUCUGGACAGACACCCUGUAGCCUGUCAAGCUUAGGAUGCACUAGACAGUGAUUAACUUCCUAGAGUCAGUGGCCCUGCCCCCUAGGUAUGACAUCAAUGGCUUAGGGGGAAGUGACGGCACAGGGCGCACUGUCUUCCUGUUAUGGCGCUGUUUAGCAUAUUUUUUAACAACUUAGGCCCAUAUUUAUCAAGCCGUGCAGAGUGAUAAAUUGCACGGUGAUAAAGUACCAACCAAUCAGCGCCUAAUAGUCAAAUUUCAAACAUAGCCUGUAACAUGGCAGUUAGGAGCUGGUGGGUUGAUACUUUAUUACCAUGCAAUUUAGCAAUCUCCAAGGCUUGAUAAAUUUGGGCCUUAUAGUACAAUAUGCUGAGAAUAAAUAGUGCUCAAUCGUCAUUUUAGUGUUUGCGUCAUGUUCUAGAUCGUCUUACUAAAGCAGAUGUGUAAAUGAUGUGUUGUUGUUUGGGUUACAAUAACACUACGGACCGGAUGUAAUGGCUUGCAAGAUGGACGGAGCUCCAAGACUCAGGACAAACU